AUGAGAGUGUUUCGGUGGGAGAAGCGCUCCCAGCCGUGGAGGCCACCCAAGAGAGCUCAUGGGGCGAUGCAGAGGCCACCAGGUCGGCUCCAGCAACAGCUGCAGGAUGCUGUGACGCAGGAGCUUCCAGUGCGACAGUUGCAGCAGCUACUUUCGCGCUGUGCCAGCGCCAGGGAAUAUCCAAGCAGAGAAACCAGUGAGGGCAUGGCUUCCUUGUUGGUUUGGGAAGAUUUCAAGACGCUGCUUGGGCUCGCUCAUGCAGUGAUGCUCCUGCAACGAGGAGCCACGAGGAGGCAGGCUGAAGUGAUGGUGCCCUUGCGGGACUCACUGCUGCACCUAGCCGAGGCACGCGUCCAACACUUGGAGCCAUCAGAAAUCCGGCCCUUGACCUCUUCACUGGCAUCCCUGCCAGGAUCAAGAAACUUCUUGGUUUCAGCUGCGGCACGUUGGCGCAGCCCCACAGAAGUUUUGCAGCCAAAGGAGUGGAGCCUGGUCAUGAAUGCCUUUGCUCGAGGUGGCUUGCCCACAGCGUCCGCACAGGCGCUCCUGCAGCAGAAUUUGGAGAUGCUUGAAGAUGUGAUGAUUGAGAAGACCUGGUCUGCUCGGGACGUGUCGCUGCUGUGCAAUGCUUUGCACAGGUUGAGACCUACUACGUCAGAGGCUGAACGCUUGCACCGGUUCUAUGCACGUGUCUUGGGUAGCUGGGCGAUGGAUCCACCAGACUGUGGACCACAGGAUUUGGCACAGUUGGCUUCGUCUCUUGCAGCAGUUUCUCAGAAGUACCGCUCAGAGGUUGUUCAUGGUUUUCGAGUAUUGCUGCAGCCGUGGACGACUGGGAUGGCUAAAGAGCUGAGUUGGGGCGUCUCUUUGGAAGGGCUUUGUGCCUUGCUGAAUGCUUUGGAGCGCUUGGCGUUGCUGGACUUGAGCUUGGCCAUCAGCCCAGCCGCUGUGCAGCGCGUUUCCCAUGCAAAGCUCUCAGCGAGCCAUUUAGGACACCUUUGUUACAUCUUCUCCAGAUGGCUGGAGCCGAAAUGGGCUUCAGAAGCUGGAGACAGCCUUGAGCCACGUGGCGUACAUGCGCAAGCACCAGCGCCAGCGGCGUGUGAAAUGAGAGCCUUGAGGGUUCAAGUACUUGAGCUCUUCAAGUCCACGCUAUGUCCUGCCAUCGUGGAACUUGCUUCAACGUUCCAACGUCCGAAGAAUGUGGCGCUGACAGCGCUGGCGUUGGCCCGCUUGUGCCGAUCUACGAAGGAUGAGAAGGAUGAGAAGGUUCAGCGCUUGUCCCACGAGGUCGCAGAGUCCUUGUGUCAACAGAGCCUUUUGGACCGAGCUGAACAAUCUGAUUCCGAUUCACUACAGUGGUGCAAUUGGCAGAGCUUGGAUUUGGCACAACUUGCAGAGUCUCUCUCUGCACUACUGACGUCAAGAAUGGACGUGAAGUUGCCAGCGGUGGCCACGUUAUUGUCAUCCAUAUCGAAGUAUCUCUUGGAAGAAGUGGAGAAUAUGCCAAUUCAGCAGGCCAUUCGCAUUGGCGCAGCUGUCGCUCCGACGCUGGAUGGCCCUGAGGUUUGCCACAGGCUCGCACAGGUUGUGGCUGAAAUCAAGUUUGAUUUGCCCAUUCCUGCUGCAGCUCUCUGGUUGCGUACCUUGCAACUGCUCGAGAUGAAUGAGGCAUCUUUGUGGCAGCCACUUGUUUGGCAACUGCAUCGUAGAUUGGCUUCGACCAAUGAGGAGACGAGAAAUAACGUGGAAAGACAUGAGUGGAGUCUAAGAAGUGCCAGCCGCGUGCUGGGAGCAUUGGAGAGGCAUUCUUAUUCACUUGACAUGAGGCUGGGAGGCUUCCGGCAUGUCCAGGACGGCAGCGUGCUCUUCAUUUACGCGAAAGCUGCAGAUCUUUUGCUAAGCGAAGGUUUGGACACUUCUGCACCUGCAGCUUUGUCGGUGGCCGAGCUCUUGCUUCGCACGGAGUGGCACCAGCCCUGGCGAGAAUGGAUACUUGAUCGUGUGGCAUUUGCAGCUUUAAAGAUGAACGUCAUGUGGCCAAAAUAUGCCCAAAAGCAUGCUAGGGAGAUGUUGUGGAUGCGACAUGUUUUCCUUCUAUGUCGCCUGGCAACCCUUGAUGUAUACCAGCGCGGAGUUCAACGCUCUCUUCGGCGUGCUUUUGGAGCCUUUUCGGACUUUGAUCCAUUUUUCGCCGACUCGCGGGUCGAAGCGGACGAGAUCGGCCCAAACGAGCGCCGCGAGGCAAUGGACUCGUCUCAGCUUUGUCGUGUUCUCGCCGCCUGUGGAGCUGCUGGGUUCGACCUCGCCUCUUUCGCAUUCGUUCCACAGAAGUCUUGGCAAGCCGCCUUGUUGUUUCCUGCCGCUGCCUCCAGCAGACAGCGGGAGAUCACAACCAUUUGGAAUGAGUCGAUGCUUGAGAUGGUCUUGGAUGGUCUCACAACUGAAAAUGCUUCGGAGCUCUCUUUGGCAGCUCUCUUGUUCCGAAUGAAGCAUGAAGACCAUGGAGGCAGCGACGGCAGCGGGAGCAGCUGGGGUAAUGUUGUGCGUGCAGUGAGUGCAGUGCUCUUAGAGGCGCUCAGCAGAGCAGAGGAAUCACCUGAAGUGAUCGUGACUUUACAAUACCUUCGAUUUGAAGGUCUGCAGACUGUCGAAGUUGCCAUUGCAACAGCAAGCUCCAAACUGUUGUUGUUGCAUCGCCUUGAAUUGCGGCUCAAGAAACCUGAGUUGUGCAAACCUGAGCUGGCCAAUGCGCAGCCCACACUACCACAUGGAGUUCAGUAG